GAGUUUAUAUGUGCACCAAACUUUAGUUUGCUGAGAGAAUAAAGGUUGAGACCCAGCAUGACUAUGCCAGCUAAUCGGACCUCUCCCCAGAAAUCUCUGGGCCUGGCUCCAGAGGAAUGUGGCAGCUCAUGUGAGGGAUCAGUGUCCUUCAGUGACGUGGCUGUAGAUUUCAGCAGAGAGGAGUGGCAGCAAUUGGAUCUUGAUCAGAAAAACCUGUACCGGGAUGUGAUGCUGGAGACCUAUAGCCACUUGCUCUCAAUAGGAUAUCAAGUUCCUGAAACUGAGGUUUUCAUGUUGGAACAAGGAAAGGAGCCAUGGGCACUGCAAAGUGAGGGCCCAUAUCAGAGCUGUCCAGAAGAAUUGUGGCAGAUUGGUGACCAGAUUGAGAGCUAUCAUCAGAGAGAAAACAGAUCUUUAAGAAAUGUGAUUUUCAUCAAGAAAGUAUUGACUAUACAGAGGGAUUAUGCAUAUAAGGGCAUAAGAAAAAUAAUUCAUGUGAGCCAAAACAUUCCUUCCCCAAAGAGACCUCAUCAUCAAUGUGACUUAUUUGGAAGUGCUUUAAGCUAUAAUUUAGAUUUAUGCAAUCAUAAUAGAAACAGUGGAUCAAAGAACAUUAGUAAGAUUACUGAAUAUAGUAAAAUUUCCUCCUAUACUAAACAAGAGUAUACUCCAAGAGGAGAGAAAUUACAGGACCAUAAUCAAUGUGGAAAAAUUCUCAGCUAUAAACAACCACCCUCUCAACAUCAGAAAAUUCAUACUGUGAUGAAAUCUUAUGAAUGUCCUGAAUUUGGAAAUGCCUUCACUCAGAAGUCACAACUCAAGGUACAUCUGAAAGUUCAUACAGGAGAAAAACUCUAUGUAUGUAUUGACUGUGGGAAGGCUUUUGUACAGAAGCCAGAAUUGAUCACUCAUCAGAGAACUCAUACUCGAGAGAAGCCCUAUAAGUGCAGUGAAUGUGGGAAAGCCUUUUUCCAAGUAUCUUCUCUUUUCAGGCAUCAGAGAAUUCAUACUGGAGAAAAACUCUAUGAAUGCAGUGAAUGUGGGAAAGGCUUCUCUUAUAACUCAGAUCUUAGUAUACAUCAGAAAAUUCAUACUGGAGAGAGACACCAUGAGUGCAGUGACUGUGGGAAAGCAUUCAUACAGAAGUCCACACUCAAGAUGCAUCAGAAAAUUCAUACAGGUGAGAGAUCCUAUAUAUGUAUUGAAUGUGGACAGGCUUUCAUCCAGAAGACCCACUUGAUUGCACACCGAAGAAUUCACACUGGAGAAAAACCAUAUAAAUGCAGUAACUGUGGGAAGUCCUUCAUUUCCAAGUCACAGCUGCAGGUACAUCAACGAACUCACACAAGAAUGAAACUGUCUAUGUGCAGCGAAUAUGGAAAGGUUUUCAACAGUAAUUCCAACCUCAAUACACAUAAGAAGGUUCAAAUUAGAGAGAAAUCUUCCAUAUGUACUGAAUGUGGUAAGGCGUUUACCUACAGGUCAGAGUUGAUUAUACAUCAGAGAAUUCACACUGGAGAAAAACCUUAUGAAUGUAGUGAUUGUGGAAAAGCCUUCACUCAGAAGUCUGCACUCACAGUGCAUCAGAGAAUUCAUACAGGAGAAAAAUCAUAUAUAUGCAUGAAAUGUGGUCUAGCCUUCAUCCAGAAGGCACACUUGAUAGCACAUCAAAUAAUUCAUACAGGAGAGAAACCUUAUAAAUGUGGUCACUGUGGGAAAUCCUUUACUUCCAAGUCACAACUCCACGUGCAUAAACGAAUUCACACAGGAGAGAAACCCUAUAUAUGCACUAAAUGUGGGAAAGCAUUCACUAACAGAUCAAAUCUCAUUACGCAUCAGAAAACUCAUACGGGAGAGAAAUCCUAUAUAUGUCCUAAAUGUGGCAAGGCCUUCACUCAAAGAUCAGACUUGAUUACACAUCAGAGAAUUCAUACUGGGGAGAAACCUUAUGAAUGCAGUACAUGUGGAAAAGCCUUCACCCAGAAAUCACACCUCAAUAUACACCAGAAAAUUCACACUGGAGAGAGGCAGUAUGAAUGCCAUGAAUGUGGGAAAGCCUUCAACCAGAAGUCAAUACUCAUUGUGCAUCAGAAAAUUCAUACAGGAGAGAAACCCUACGUGUGUACUGAGUGUGGGAGAGCUUUCAUCCGGAAGUCAAACUUUAUUACUCAUCAGAGAAUUCAUACUGGGGAGAAACCUUAUGAAUGCAGUGAUUGUGGGAAAUCCUUCACCUCCAAAUCUCAGCUCCUGGUGCAUCAACCAAUUCACACAGGAGAAAAACCAUAUGUGUGUGCUGUAUGUGGGAAAGCCUUUAGUGGCAGGUCAAAUCUCAGUAAACACCAGAAAACUCAUACUGGAGAGAAGCCCUACAUUUGUUCUGAAUGUGGAAAGACCUUCAGACAAAAGUCAGAACUGAUUAUACACCAUAGGAUUCAUACUGGAGAGAAACCUUAUGAAUGUGGUGAUUGUGGUAAAUCAUUUACUAAGAAAUCACAGCUCCAAGUGCAUCAGCGAAUUCAUACAGGAGAGAAGCCUUAUGUGUGCACAGAGUGUGGAAAGGCCUUCACUGACAGGUCAAAUUUGAAUAAACACCAGACAACACACACUGGAGAUAAACCCUAUAAGUGUGUCGUCUGUGGGAAAGGCUUCGUUCAGAAAUCAGUGCUCAAUGUGCAUCAGAGUAUUCACACUUGAGAUAAACAGGCUGAGAGAAACCUCAGUGAGAUCAGAUCUGAUUUUAUAUUAUGGAAUUUGUGCAGCAGAAAAUAUGCAUAUUUUCUUAAGUAGAUAUGCUCCAUCAGAAUGUCACAUAUUUGUAUACAGAAGAGGACUUCUGAAAGGGCCCUGAAAGAGAGGGCCCCUUUCCACAUUGUCACCAGCCUCAGUAAACCCUGAGGCAUUUAUACUGAGAAGGAACUUUGUCAACUUGGUACAUCAGUAGAAUUUUUCUCAUGAAAACUGUAAUGGAACACUGUUACCAAAUUCUGCACUGAAAACAUUAUGUGAAGUCAUGUUAAUGAUAACCCUGUUUACUGUGGAAUAGGUAACAUGCCAGUAAGUUGAAUGGUAGAACAACAUAAUAUAUAUGAUAAUAAU